ACGGACUGAGUGAUAAUCGGGAUCACUGAUGGGUCCAGGGAGCUGCAGUGUUGGUUCUCAGGUGACUGCGCAGACUCAGCUGCUGUGGCGGCUUCGGCUCGCCGUAACAAACCCUGUUAAUGUUUUCACUUUACUGCUCUGAACCGGGACACUGUGGACCAUGAGGUGCCGUGGAGCUGACACACGCACACACACUGGAUAAUAUGACCAACAGAAAGCUGAAAUCACAGAGUCAGGGCGAUGGAGCAGAAGGCCCGGACGGAGGCUGGGGCUGGGUGCUGGUCGUGGCGUUGUUCGUCAGCACCAGCCUCGUGUUUGGACUGAUGCGCGGUUUGGGGAUCUUCUUUGUGGAGUUCGUCCGGUACUUUGAGGAGAGCGCUCAGGCCAUCUCCUGGAUCUCAUCCAUCGGCUUGGCAGCGCAGCAGUUCUUUAGCCCGCUGGGUGCAGCUCUAUGUAACGCAUAUGAUACCAGAUUGGUUGUGAUGACAGGAGGUUUUCUGUCCGGACUCGGACUCAUCCUUGCCUCACAGGCCACCUGCCUGGUUCACCUCUACCUUACUAUGGGACUAAUCUCAGGUUUGGGCUGGGGGCUGGUCUUCACCCCCAUGGUGGCCACAGUCAUGGCUAACUUCACCCGCAGACGAGCACUGGCUGUGGGACUGGGUUUCUCUAGCAUCGGCCUUUCUUCCUUUGCUUUUAACCCCCUUUUCCAGCUGCUGGUGGAGAAGUAUGCCUGGCGGGGAGCCCUGCUCAUCCUGGGGGGCCUCAGCCUCAACAUCAUGGCCUGCGGAGCCCUUAUCCGACCAGAGUGUCGCUCUAAAGCCUCAACAAAGGCGGACCAACAGAGCGGAUCGUCACAGCCUGACCUCCUACAGAGAGUCUUCUCCUACCUGGAGGUGUCGCUGCUUUAUGAGAGGCCGUAUCUCACCUACACCUUAGGUGUAACUCUUUUUAACUUCGGCUACUUUGUGCCAUAUUUCCACCUGGUGGCCCACGGCCGCCAGGUGGGCUUCUCUGAGUACCAAGCGGCAUUCAUCAUGUCAGCUGCGGGCAUCACAGACAUUUUUGGCCGAAUUGCGUCGGGCUGGUUCUCGGACUUGGGGCGCUUUCGGGUCGUGCAUCUGCUGACCUUUUGGACGGUUUUGGCGGCAGUGUUCAUUAUGCUGCUGCCCGUGAGCUCCUGGACGGGCUCCUACACAGCAAUGAUUGUGAUCAGCCUUCUCUACGGUUUCUGCUCCGGCGCUUUGACCUCCAUGGUGUUUGCUGUGGUGCCGAUGAUCAUGGGCGUGGAGCGCAUGAUGGGGGGCCUCGGGCUCCUGCAGCUGAUCGAGAGCUGUGCAGGACUGCUGGGUACUCCGCUGUCAGGUUGGCUCAGAGACAUGACAGGAAACUACACGGCCUCCUUUGUGGUCGCCGGCGGUUUUGUGCUCCUCGGUAGUUUGACCAUGACCACGCUGCCUCACUAUUUCUCCUGCGCGGAGCCCCCACCUCCUCAGAGACCCGUCCUCGUUGAUAACAGCGAGACUUUGAAUUCAGAGCAGAAGGACAGCUGCUCGUCUAAAUUGAACUGUCAAACCGUGGAACAAACACAAAGGUGAUCUGAUCGGGGAACAUCUUUGUUUGCAAAGAGCGAGCUGAGAGUUAUUAAUAAUACACCUCAGAGGAUUAGACCCAAAGCUCAUGGAUAAGGAAAGAGACCGGAGAAAGAAAAGCGGAGAAAAAAAAUAAAGCAAUGCACAUCAGCAAACGUG